AUGGAAACUUUUUUUUUUCUCUGUUCUUUCCCACAGGGUGCAGCUCUAAUUCGAAUGUUGGCUAACUUUAUGGGUCACUCUGUGUUUCAGAUGGGUUUACAAGACUAUUUAACCAUUCACAAGUAUGGCAAUGCAGCCAGAAAUGAUCUCUGGAACACAUUGUCAAAGGCUUUAAAAAGGGUUGGAAAAUCAGUAAAUAUCCAAGAAGUAAUGGAUCAGUGGACACUACAGAUGGGUUAUCCUGUUAUCACUAUCUUGGGCAAUGAAACUACGGACAAUGUCAUAGUGAUCUCCCAAGCACGUUUUGUUUAUGAUAGCGAUGCUAAACCAAAGGAUCCUGCCCUUGGAGACAACAGCUACUUGUGGCAGAUUCCAUUAACAAUUGCAGUAGGAAAUACGAGCCACAUCUCAUCAGAGGCAAUUAUAUGGGUGUCUAACAAAUCAGAACACCACAGAAUUCCUGCUUUAGAAGAGGCAAGUUGGUUGCUGGGGAACAUCAACCAGACUGGCUACUUCAGAGUUAAUUAUGAUGUUAGGAAUUGGAGGCUGCUAAUCGGCCAGCUAACAAGGAACCAUGAGGUUAUCUCUGUCAGUAAUCGAGCAGGCUUGAUCGAUGAUGCAUUCAAUCUAGCCAGGGCUGGUUAUUUGCCUCAGAAUAUUCCUUUGGAGGUUAUCAGAUACCUUUCAGAGGAGAAGGAUUUUCUACCUUGGCAUGCUGCCAGCCGAGCUCUUUAUCCUCUAGACAAAUUGCUGGACCGCACGGAAAACUACAACAUCUUCAAUGAGUAUAUUUUAAGACAAGUUGCAUCAAUGUAUCUCAAGCUUGGAUGGCCAACAAAUAAUUUAAACAAAUCACUUGUUCAAGCAUCAUACCAACAUGAAGAGUUGCGUCGGGAAGUCAUCAUGUUGGCCUGCAGCUUCGGUAACAAACACUGUCACCAGCAGGCUGCAACAUUAAUCUCGGACUGGAUUUCUAGCAAUAGGAACCGAAUCCCACUCAAUGUGAGAGACAUUGUCUACUGUACAGGAGUUUCACUGAUGGAUGAAGAUGUAUGGGAGUUCAUUUGGAUGAAAUUUCAUUCUACGACAGCAGUGUCUGAGAAGAAAAUAUUAUUAGAAGCCUUAACUUGCAGUGAUGACAGAAACUUGCUCAACAGGCUUUUGAAUUUGUCUCUCAACUCAGAAGUUGUCCUGGAUCAGGAUGCAAUUGAUGUGAUAAUCCACGUAGCUCGAAAUCCACAUGGAAGGGAUCUUGCUUGGAAGUUUUUCAGAGAAAAAUGGAAAAUAUUAAAUGCUAG